AUGCAGAUUAAGGCAAAGAAACCUUCUUGGAAGAUCGGUUCAUUAUUUGAUCUCAAAAAUUCUGCUAAAGCUCUCUUGAAGGUUAAUCUAGAUGAUGAUUUGGAUCUUAUUGAUGAAGAUUCUCUUCUGACAGAGGAAGACUUUAAGAAGCCACAACUUCCUGCUGAUAUCUUGCAUUUUUUUAUUUUUGAAGUCAGUGGUUGUGAGACCACUAAAAAAGCUUGCAAGAACUGCGUUUGUGGGAGAGGUGAGAAAGCUGUGAAGAUAGGCCUCACAGAGGAUCAAAUCGAGAACCCCCAGUCAUCAUGUGGCAGCUGUGGUCUCGGUGAUGCCUUCCGCUGUGGUACAUGCCCUCACAAGGGUCUCCCACCCUUCAAACUAGACGAGAAGGUAACCUUGUCUCAAAACUUCCUUGACGCUGACAUAUAAGCCUGUGAAAGGUGGUGCAUCUUCUUCAUCCGUGCUUGUUUACUCACCAACUGCUAAUCAUAGCACAUAGUUUCAUCGCUUUGUGUUUCUUUUUUCGUAUAUUUGUUUGUUGGAUUUUUAAGGCUUUGAUAGAUAAUCGUUAAU